AAACAAGCCAGUUCUCUCUCACCCAUUCCUUGACGAUGGCAAGCUCAUCAGCUUCUGCUGCACAUCUGAAAAGGGCGUUCUCGAUGAAGGCCGUAAUCAUGUUGCUCCUCACGACCUUGGCAUUCCGCCAUUCUCAGGCUUCAUCCAAGGGAGCCACCAAGCUGGACGUCACGUUGAAGGACGCCGAGGACACCUACAGCUUCCCGCUGGCAUCCGCUGAAUCUGAUGCUGCUCUCACGGCUACGACAGAGAAGAUCGUCGAGGGACUGAGGACUGUCACAGAUAUGUCGGAUCAGCUCAGAGUAGCGACCCAGAAGAUCAACAUCUUCAACGCUCCUCAGCAGGGAGCAGUGAUCGCCAACGGAUUUGCAGUCAUCAUUCAGAAGGUGUCUGAGGGAAUCGUCAGGGUGGACCGAGUCACGUCAGGUCCCCUUCCAGACGCUGAUGCACAGCUCGUCGUGGACGCCCUGACGACAUUCGUGCAGGUCCACCAGGCCUUGCUGAAUGUGGUGAUCGGCAAGCACGGCAUUCUCACGAUGAUUCCGUUCUUCGAGCCUAUCAGAAUGGCACUUGUGAGUCUGGAGGCUGUCAUCGAUAGGUUGGCGUUCGACCUGAUUGCUCUAAUUCCUACUCAAAAAUCCUCCGCAACAAUUCAGUUCCAGAAGCUGGACGUCACGUUGAAGGACGCCGAGGACACCUACAGCUUCCCGCUGGCAUCCGCUGAAUCUGAUGCUGCUCUCACGGCCACCACAGAGAAGAUCGUCGAGGGACUGAGGACUGUCACAGAUAUGUCGGAUCAGCUCAGAGUAGCGACCCAGAAGAUCAACAUCUUCAACGCUCCUCAGCAGGGAGCAGUGAUCGCCAACGGAUUUGCAGUCAUCAUUCAGAAGGUGUCUGAGGGAAUCGUCAGGGUGGACCGAGUCACGUCAGGUCCCCUUCCAGACGCUGAUGCACAGCUCGUCGUGGACGCCCUGACGACAUUCGUGCAGGUCCACCAGGCCUUGCUGAAUGUGGUGAUCGGCAAGCACGGCAUUCUCACGAUGAUUCCGUUCUUCGAGCCUAUCAGAAUGGCACUUGUGAGUCUGGAGGCUGUCAUCGAUAGGUUGGCGUUCGACCUGAUUGCUCUAAUUCCUACUCAAAAAUCCUCCGCAACAAUUCAGUUCCAGAAGCUGGACGUCACGUUGAAGGACGCCGAGGACACCUACAGCUUCCCGCUGGCAUCCGCUGAAUCUGAUGCUGCUCUCACGGCCACCACAGAGAAGAUCGUCGAGGGACUGAGGACUGUCACAGAUAUGUCGGAUCAGCUCAGAGUAGCGACCCAGAAGAUCAACAUCUUCAACGCUCCUCAGCAGGGAGCAGUGAUCGCCAACGGAUUUGCAGUCAUCAUUCAGAAGGUGUCUGAGGGAAUCGUCAGGGUGGACCGAGUCACGUCAGGUCCCCUUCCAGACGCUGAUGCACAGCUCGUCGUGGACGCCCUGACGACAUUCGUGCAGGUCCACCAGGCCUUGCUGAAUGUGGUGAUCGGCAAGCACGGCAUUCUCACGAUGAUUCCGUUCUUCGAGCCUAUCAGAAUGGCACUUGUGAGUCUGGAGGCUGUCAUCGAUAGGUUGGCGUUCGACCUGAUUGCUCUAAUUCCUACUCAAAAAUCCUCCGCAACAAUUCAGUUCCAGAAGCUGGACGUCACGUUGAAGGACGCCGAGGACACCUACAGCUUCCCGCUGGCAUCCGCUGAAUCUGAUGCUGCUCUCACGGCCACCACAGAGAAGAUCGUCGAGGGACUGAGGACUGUCACAGAUAUGUCGGAUCAGCUCAGAGUAGCGACCCAGAAGAUCAACAUCUUCAACGCUCCUCAGCAGGGAGCAGUGAUCGCCAACGGAUUUGCAGUCAUCAUUCAGAAGGUGUCUGAGGGAAUCGUCAGGGUGGACCGAGUCACGUCAGGUCCCCUUCCAGACGCUGAUGCACAGCUCGUCGUGGACGCCCUGACGACAUUCGUGCAGGUCCACCAGGCCUUGCUGAAUGUGGUGAUCGGCAAGCACGGCAUUCUCACGAUGAUUCCGUUCUUCGAGCCUAUCAGAAUGGCACUUGUGAGUCUGGAGGCUGUCAUCGAUAGGUUGGCGUUCGACCUGAAUGCUCUAAUUCCUACUCAAAAAUCCUCCGCAACAAUUCAGUUCCAGAAGCUGGACGUCACGUUGAAGGACGCCGAGGACACCUACAGCUUCCCGCUGGCAUCCGCUGAAUCUGAUGCUGCUCUCACGGCCACCACAGAGAAGAUCGUCGAGGGACUGAAGACUGUCACAGAUAUGUCGGAUCAGCUCAGAGUUGCGACCCAGAAGAUCAACAUCUUCAACGCUCCUCAGCAGGGAGCAGUGAUCGCCAACGGAUUUGCAGUCAUCAUUCAGAAGGUGUCUGAGGGAAUCGUCAGGGUGGACCGAGUCACGUCAGGUCCCCUUCCAGACGCUGAUGCACAGCUCGUCGUGGACGCCCUGACGACAUUCGUGCAGGUCCACCAGGCCUUGCUGAAUGUGGUGAUCGGCAAGCACGGCAUUCUCACGAUGAUUCCGUUCUUCGAGCCUAUCAGAAUGGCACUUGUGAGUCUGGAGGCUGUCAUCGAUAGGUUGGCGUUCGACCUGAUUGCUCUAAUUCCUACUCAAAAAUCCUCCGCAACAAUUCAGUUCCAGAAGCUGGACGUCACGUUGAAGGACGCCGAGGACACCUACAGCUUCCCGCUGGCAUCCGCUGAAUCUGAUGCUGCUCUCACGGCCACCACAGAGAAGAUCGUCGAGGGACUGAGGACUGUCACAGAUAUGUCGGAUCAGCUCAGAGUAGCGACCCAGAAGAUCAACAUCUUCAACGCUCCUCAGCAGGGAGCAGUGAUCGCCAACGGAUUUGCAGUCAUCAUUCAGAAGGUGUCUGAGGGAAUCGUCAGGGUGGACCGAGUCACGUCAGGUCCCCUUCCAGACGCUGAUGCACAGCUCGUCGUGGACGCCCUGACGACAUUCGUGCAGGUCCACCAGGCCUUGCUGAAUGUGGUGAUCGGCAAGCACGGCAUUCUCACGAUGAUUCCGUUCUUCGAGCCUAUCAGAAUGGCACUUGUGAGUCUGGAGGCUGUCAUCGAUAGGUUGGCGUUCGACCUGAUUGCUCUAAUUCCUACUCAAAAAUCCUCCGCAACAAUUCAGUUCCAGAAGCUGGACGUCACGUUGAAGGACGCCGAGGACACCUACAGCUUCCCGCUGGCAUCCGCUGAAUCUGAUGCUGCUCUCACGGCCACCACAGAGAAGAUCGUCGAGGGACUGAGGACUGUCACAGAUAUGUCGGAUCAGCUCAGAGUAGCGACCCAGAAGAUCAACAUCUUCAACGCUCCUCAGCAGGGAGCAGUGAUCGCCAACGGAUUUGCAGUCAUCAUUCAGAAGGUGUCUGAGGGAAUCGUCAGGGUGGACCGAGUCACGUCAGGUCCCCUUCCAGACGCUGAUGCACAGCUCGUCGUGGACGCCCUGACGACAUUCGUGCAGGUCCACCAGGCCUUGCUGAAUGUGGUGAUCGGCAAGCACGGCAUUCUCACGAUGAUUCCGUUCUUCGAGCCUAUCAGAAUGGCACUUGUGAGUCUGGAGGCUGUCAUCGAUAGGUUGGCGUUCGACCUGAAUGCUCUAAUUCCUACUCAAAAAUCCUCCGCAACAAUUCAGUUCCAGAAGCUGGACGUCACGUUGAAGGACGCCGAGGACACCUACAGCUUCCCGCUGGCAUCCGCUGAAUCUGAUGCUGCUCUCACGGCCACCACAGAGAAGAUCGUCGAGGGACUGAAGACUGUCACAGAUAUGUCGGAUCAGCUCAGAGUUGCGACCCAGAAGAUCAACAUCUUCAACGCUCCUCAGCAGGGAGCAGUGAUCGCCAACGGAUUUGCAGUCAUCAUUCAGAAGGUGUCUGAGGGAAUCGUCAGGGUGGACCGAGUCACGUCAGGUCCCCUUCCAGACGCUGAUGCACAGCUCGUCGUGGACGCCCUGACGACAUUCGUGCAGGUCCACCAGGCCUUGCUGAAUGUGGUGAUCGGCAAGCACGGCAUUCUCACGAUGAUUCCGUUCUUCGAGCCUAUCAGAAUGGCACUUGUGAGUCUGGAGGCUGUCAUCGAUAGGUUGGCGUUCGACCUGAUUGCUCUAAUUCCUACUCAGAAAUCCUCCGCAACAAUUCAGUUCCAGAAGCUGGACGUCACGUUGAAAGACGCCGAGGACACCUACAGCUUCCCGCUGGCAUCCGCUGAAUCUGAUGCUGCUCUCACGGCCACCACAGAGAAGAUCGUCGAGGGACUGAAGACUGUCACAGAUAUGUCGGAUCAGCUCAGAGUUGCGACCCAGAAGAUCAACAUCUUCAAUGCUCCUCAGCAAGGAGCGGUUAUCGCCAGCGGAUUUGCAACCAUCAUUCAGAAGGUCUCUGAGGGCAUCGUCAGGGUGGACCGAGUCACUUCAGGUCCGCUUCCCGAUGCUGAUGCACAACUCGUAGUGGACGCCCUGACGACAUUCGUGCAGGUCCACCAGGCCUUGCUGAAUGUGGUGAUCGGCAAGCAUGGCAUCCUAACCAUGAUUCCGUUCUUCGAGCCCAUCAGAAUGGCACUUGUGAGUCUGGAGGCUGUCAUCGAUAGGUUGGCGUUCGACUUGAUUGCUCUAAUUCCUACUCAGAAAUCCUCCGCAGCAAUUCAGUUCCAGAAGCUGGACGUCACGUUGAAAGACGCCGAGGACACCUACAGCUUCCCGCUGGCAUCCGCUGAAUCUGAUGCUGCUCUCACGGCCACCACAGAGAAGAUCGUCGAGGGACUGAAGACUGUCACAGACAUGUCGGAUCAGCUCAGAGUUGCGACCCAGAAGAUCAACAUCUUCAACGCUCCUCAGCAGGGAGCGGUGAUCGCCAGCGGAUUUGCAGUCAUCAUUCAGAAGGUUUCUGAGGGAAUCGUGAGGGUGGACCGAGUCACUUCAGGUCCCCUUCCGGACGCUGAUGCCCAGCUCGUCGUCGACGCCCUGACGACAUUCGUGCAGGUCCACCAGGCCUUGCUGAAUGUGGUGAUUGGCAAGCACGGCAUCCUCACGAUGAUUCCGUUCUUCGAGCCUAUCAGAAUGGCACUUGUGAGUCUGGAAGCUGUCAUCGAUAGGUUGGCGUUCGACUUGAUUGCUCUAAUUUCUACUCAGAAAUCGUCGGCAACAAUCCAGUUUCAAAAGCUGGAUGUCACGUUGAAAGACGCCGAGGACACCUACAGCUUCCCUCUUGCAUCAAAAACUGAUGCUCAGUCAGAGAGUCUGAGAAAGGAAGUGAUUCAGAACGGAAAGAAAUCGUCCAAAUCAUACUUGGCAAUAUGAUUCAAAGUAGUAGUAGGAUCUGAAUUCCGGAUAUACGCAGGGACAUUUUGUGGGCCGGUUUUCUAAGUUUUUUGAGGAUGGUUGCGCAGUAUAGAGUUACAAUCUAUGAGUUAGUGCCUAGGGUGGGAUAUUGUUAUCCAGGUAGCUCAUGUCAGUUUCUGGAAGGGAAUACAGAAAUUGCAAUGAACCGCAGAUCGGGCUACUUGACGGCCACUCUGAGAAUUGU